CGGCUCCAGCAGGAGGGGCUGGCAGCUCUGCUCCGCAGCGCACCUCAAAGUUGCACAGCAUCUCUGGGUCCCCCCGCCUGAUUCCUCUGACUUGACCGCGCUCACACCUGCAGCCUGUCUCUCCUCUACACUUCAGCCGUCACUUCACUUCAGCCUUUUGUCCGUCAGCAGUGGGAACGAUCUGCAAAAUCAAGGUGUGUCUCGACGCGGUCAAAGAUGCUGGCUUGUACGGAGAUGAUCACUAUGUGCCUGCAGUCGGCCAAACACAAGCAUCUCCGAGCUCAGGAGCAACAGCAGCCGCUGCACAGCGCCGGACAGGGGCUUACUAUAUUUCAUGAUAUUUUCCGCCGAGCAGACAAAAAUGAUGAUGGCAAGCUAUCAUUUGAAGAAUUCAAUGCCUACUUUGCGGAUGGGAUCCUGACCACUGAGGAGCUACAGGAGCUUUUCUACUCCAUAGAUGGCCGACAAAAUAAUAACUUGGACACUGAUAAGCUAUCAGAUUAUUUUUCUCAGCACCUGGGGGAGUAUCUCAAUGUCCUCUCAGCUCUGGAGAGCCUGAACAUUGCCAUUUUAAAGGCAAUGGAUAAAACCAAAGAGGAGUACCAGGGUUCCAGUGUGCUGGGCCAAUUUGUCACCAGGUUCAUGCUCAGAGAGACAUCCAGUCAGCUGCUGUCUCUACAGAGGUCACUGCAGUGUGCCAUGGAGGCUGUGGAAGAGCAGAGCAGCCCUACCCUGAGAGAGGUAAAGGCACCUGAGCUGACAGCACUACAUGGGAAUGGCAGACGGUGUGGUCGCAGGGUCCAUGAUAAUAUGUGCAUGUCCCCAUCCGACCCCAGCUUCAACAUCCUGACCACAGGUGUGAGCAUAGACGAUGGAGAGAACUGGUGCUCGCAAGUCAACAGGCUGCAGCAGCUUCUGGAUAAACUGGAGUAUCAGGGGCCCAAGUUGGAGCCACUGAGAGAGAACACGCUGGCUAGCACAUACCAGUCUAACAUUCUGCUGGUUCAAAGGCAGAUGUCAGUGAUGGAUGAAAAUCUGGACAAGUUCCAAAAAGUUCUGAAGAGCUACACUGAUGCCACCUCAGCCCAUUCUGACAACCUGCACAUGUCUGUUCAGAAGCUCCCAGGAAAGUCAUCUUACAUAAUGUAUGAGUUCUGGCAAGACCGUCUCUCCUGGAUGAGCUAUCUGCAGUCAAACAGUAGUAAAGAUUUCCAGCGUUGCAUCAUUGACAUGUUGGAGGAUGCUGAAGUAGUUUCUACUAUGUUGCUACCAGCUUCCUGGUGGAUUAUGACUAACGACUAACAAGCGAAUCCAGAAAGUCACAUCUACUGCCUACACUAUCACACGGACAAAGACACACUGGUGCACCCACCCACCCGCAUGCACACACUCACUCAAGCACAUAGACACGUAUACAAAAACACACGCUCACACAUGCACAGAAGAAUUCAAAAGGUAACCAUGUGUCUGAAUCAACAGGGGACUGAAACAACUGCGUCAUCCUGCAUCCUUUAAUGUUCCUCUGUCUUUGACUGCUCAUUAUUGUGCUGUUUAUUUCAAAACAGAUAGUUGCACGUUACUGUAUAGCCAAUUGAAAGUGACUGAUUCUCGGCACUGUAAACACCAGUUUGUUUUUUCUCAUAACCCUAUUUGUCACUUGUGCUAUGUAUGGCCUUCUUUUUCUUGCAGUGUUUGUCCAAUUUUCAUUCCAGUGGAGAACAACCAAAAAGCUGCUAGCGUAGGCGGCUAGGGCAAAUACAAUUGGAAUUGGAAAAAAAAACACAACAAACUCGCCAGUAAUGUUUUGUGCUUUUGAUGAGUUGUUUACUGAUAAAGACAAAAUAGGAUGAAAAAGCAGAGAGGAUGAGGAACUGAAGUGUUAGUGCAGCCUGAACAUGCAUGCUGAUGAUGAUGAACAGGAACAGUUCCUUUAAAUCUUGUCUAUAUAUGCUGUAUGAUAUUGUAGCAGUGUUUUUCUUUCAUUUACUAUAGGUACCUUACUGUCGUGUGCACCGAAUGCAAAAAAAGCUAUUCAUAUAAAUGCUAUACCUGCUCUGAUCCAUUGCUACAUACAGUGGCAAGUUACUUCUUUAUCUCCAGUCUUCAAUCUGAGAUGCAUUCUCUAUCUCAAAUGUAAGAGAAAAUAUAUUUAAUGUAUUAUGUGUUUCUUUUGCUGCGAUGGAUUGGCGACCUGUCCAGGGUGUACCCCACCUUCGCCCGAUUGCCAGCCAGGAUUGGCUUCGGCCCCCCCGUGCCCCCGUGACCCCGUUCAGGGACUAAGCGGUAGAAACUGAGUGAGAGAGAGUGUUUCUUUUGAUCAUGAUAGUUUAUUUCACCUGUACAUGUUGAAGUUUGGUAUAUUCAUAUUUCAGCUGUGCUUUGGUUUGGCAGUAAACAGUAAUUGCAAAUAAACCAAGAAGCAACUUUGAUACACUCA